GAUAGGUCGUCUUUUGUCACUCGAAAAAAAAGAAAUCGGGCAUGUGGAUUCAGUGAAGUGUUUAAUGCUCUUCUCUGACCUGUCGACUGGUAGUACCAUCAUGGACGACGAGGGGGGGAACUUGCAAUGGGCCGUGUAUGUGACCACAAACCUGAUGACGAAAUUCGUGAUCACGGUCAGACCAAGCCUGACAGUCAAGGAACUGCAAGAGAGGGCUACGGAAAGUCACAAGUGGUUGAAUCCGAAUCUGGCGCAUCUUCAUGUGGCAUGCUUCAAGACGGAAGUAAAUGGAACACUCUACAGGGUCCCGGUCAUGUAUACCUUGGGUGAGAUUGGCGAACCCAACAUCAAGUUGUGGGCAUUUUUGGCACCAAACGCUCCCUCUUUACCCUUCCCUUUGCCUCGCCAUCAGGAUAACCAUGCGCCCAAUGUGGGGUCGAUUCCUACCCUACGAAGAGACAGCCGAUCCCCAGAACAAGGGAGCUCUUUGAGCCCAACUCGACAAGGGAGUUCUGCAAGGCGAGAAGAACAAGAGGGCUCUGCAAGUCUGGAGGAUGCUGAGAGGGUUGAGGCAGCUGCACGUCAGAGACGCCUGGAGAAUGACCUUGGUCUGAGCCUAUGGAACGAAGCUGUGGGGGAUGGGUCGAGACAUGUCCCCGAGCGGCCAAAGCAGCAUUCUGAUGCUGGCGACCUUUCUAUCGUUGACAGAGCAGCGGAGCGUGUUGCGGCCGAUCAUCGCCGGCCUCCUUAUGCUGCUGGUCCAGGCGCCCCGGAUCAUUGUGCUCCGGAGGGUGCAUCCGAUGGAAGAGAGGAUGGAGGAGCAACUGACCCCACGCAAGGGAGUUUGUCCGAGCAGGUAAUGAAAGGAGGUGGAGAAGAGGGAAAGAGAGAAACUGACCAGGGAGAGGUGGAUCGUAGUGCCAAAAAGAAGCGAAAGAAAGGAGCUGAUUCUUUGGAAGCGAAGGGUUCAAAGAAAAAGAAAAGAAUAGAAGAGGCUUCUGGUGGGAAGGAGGUCAGUGACAUGCAUGCUGGGGAAUCAAUUCAGGACAAGGCAAAGGCGGAGGAGAACAUCAAAACUGCUGAUCGUAAGGAGGAAGAAGAGCAACAGGGAUUGUUGCAGGGAGGGGUGUUAAAAUCUAGUGGCAAGGCAGAGGAGAAAGUAGGAAGGAAGGAAGGUAACAAGCAUGGUGGUGCCUCAAGUCAGGGGGAGGCAAAGACAGAGAAGAAUGUCAAAAUUGCUGAGGGGGAAAAGGAUUGUCUUCAGGGAGGUGGGGAAGAUGAUGAAUCUGUGGCCAAAAAGAAGAAGAAAAAGAAAAAGAAGCAGAAACAGAAUGAAGAUGACAGUGCUGGCCCUGCCUCUGACGGUAAUCCAGACAAAUGCAGGGAAGAUGACCAGAGCAAAGCUCAGCCUGCCAUUGAUAAAAUGGCAGGCAAUGCCUAUGAUGACGUUCCCGGGAAACGAUUGGGAGGAGGGGGAGUAGCGGGGCCGGCUUGCAGUGACGAAGACAGGGAUCUGGUCGGGAACGUAAGGGUGCAAAAGAUGAAGCAGAAGAAGAAGAAAAAGUCGCUGGAUGAGGUUAAAGUAGCAGAUGAUAAUGCAAGGAUUGAGGAGUUGGAGGAGGGGUUAGAUGGGAACGGUGCAGUGAAGGAUACAGAACGCAGAGGAGAAGGGAAGAAUGAGGAGAAAGAGGAGGUAAAAGAUGGCAAGAUCAAGAAGCAGCGAGGAAAGAAAGAGAGGUACAUGAGCAUGGGGGAGACUGAGCAGAAGGGGGGGAAAGAUCAGGAAGGUAGUGAGCUUAAAGACGGUGAGGGAGAUGGGCUCCGUUUGGUUUCACCAGAGAACGAGGUGGAACGCGAGAGCAAGAAACGAGGAAAGAAGAAGAAGAAGCGAACCGAGCAGAACCGGGGGGACGAUCAGGAUGGUAAGUGUGAAGACGGCGAGGGAAAAGCUCUGCACUCAGGUUUAUCAGAGAACGAUGUAGAAGGCAAGAGCAAGAAACGAGAAAAGAAGAAAAAGCGUGCAGAGGGAAAGAAGACUGGCGGCAAGGGCCAGGGAGAAGAGGGUCAGGAAGAUGAGGGGGGGCGAUACGACAAGGGAGCAGAGGAGGUGGAUUUGAUGUCUGAAGACGACAUUGCAAGUGAUGAAGCAGGCGUUGCAGAGGGUCAUGAGAAACCUAGAGAAGCGGACGUGGACGGACACAAAGAGGCAGCAGCCGGAACCGCUACUGAUAGGAGAAAGAAGGGAGAAGAGAGGGUUGGGAAGAGUGGUGGGAGCAAGAGGAAAACGGCAGGUGAGGAUCAGGAAGAUCAAGGCGAAGAUGGUUGGCGGACUGUCAAGCUCCGAAUGGAGUCAUCAUGUGCAGGAGCCGAGGAGGCAAAAGAUGAGGCCAAGAAGAAAGAAAAGAGGAAAAAGCGCUCGAAAGGGGAAGAGGUUGACAGGAAGAGGGCGAGAGAGGAGUAUCGGGUAGAUGAAGGUGGAAGUGGAAACCAGGUCGAGGAGUUGGACUUGAGAUCAGGGGAAGAAGAUGCAGUCGCUGGUGUAGCUGAAGAGGGCGGCAAGAGACCCAGAAAAGAAGGUAAGAAGAAAGAUAAAGAUAAAGAGCAAAAAGGUGGUGGCGUUGAAACCACUCCAAGUAGUAACAGGGUAAAGGGAUCUGCAUCUGCAAAGGUUGAAGAAGACGAGGGGAGGAAGGGGAAGCUGCGACAGGAAAAGCAAGGAGAUGAAGGUGAAGACGAUGAGCAGGGAAAUGAAGGAGUCCUGUCGGGAGCAGAUGAGGCAAAAGCUAAUCGCAAGAAGAAAAAGAAAAAGCACAUGAAGGAGAAAGAGGCUGACAGGGAGGGGAAGGAGGAGGAGGAGGAGGCUUGGGAAGGCGAGCGUGGGGGGCAUGACAAAGGGGAAGAGGCAGUGGAUCUGAGGUCAGGAGAUGAAGGCACACACGGAGGUGGUGAUGAACAGGGGCAGAAGAAGUCCAGGAAAUCAGGCAACAAGAAAGAUAAGGAGGGGGGUGAAACUACUCCCAAGGAGAAGGAGAAAGGACCUGGGUGUGGCAAAGGGGAAGAGAGAGUGGAUGGUAUGUUAGGAGAUGAAGGUGCGGACAACGGUGUAGUUGAACAGGGGCAUAAGAGGUCCGGAAAAUCAGGUAAGAAGAAAGAUAAGGAGGGGGCGGAAACUACUCCCAAGGACAAGGAAAGGGGACCUAAGCAUCAGAAAGGGGAAGAGAGAAUGGGCGCAAAGUCAGGAGAUGAAGGCGCAGAUGAUGGUGUAGUUGAACAGGGGCAUAAGAGGUCUGGAAAAAAGAAACAUAAGGAGGGCACCCAAACUACUCCCUAUGACAACGGAUCUGAGAAGGUUACAGAAGGUUCUGGUAGCAGGGAAAAGUUGGCACCAGAUCAGAAGGGACAUAAUGGACCUCCUUCCGUGUUAGGAGUUGAACAGUCAGAAGGUGAGAGAAAGGAAGUGAAGAGGAAGAAGCACAAGAAGGGGAAAGAGACUGACGGGAGGGGAGAGGGACAGGAUGAAGAAGGCAAGGAGGUGGAUUUGAUGUCAGGUGACAAUGAGACGGAGAAUGGUGGCGGUAAAGAGGGCCGUAAAAGGGGUAGUAAGGUAGAUAAGGAAGCGGCGGCAUCGACUUCCGGGAACAAAGGGAAAGGAGGCGAGAUGGCUGAAGUUGGUGCCAGGUGUGAAACUAAUCGUGGCAAGGGAGAGAGAGAAGGGCGCGGAGAGGAGGUAGGGGCCCAUAAGUGGGCUCUGGAGGGGGGUAAGGAAGGGAGCGAAGGCAUUGUCACAAAGGAGAAAUCUGGGCCAUCUAAAGGAGGUACUGAUGGGCCUGUAGUCAAGAUCAUGAGAGUGUCUAACGGACUAUCAGAUAAGGAUUUGGCGAGCUUGAAGUGGGUGAAGGGUGGGAGUAGCAGGACUCACAUGGAGACGUUGAAACCAGAGAAGGGUGAUGCUGAAAAGGCAGGUACACCAGAGAAAUCAAGGGUCACUGGCAGCAUGAUUGCUGAGAGCGCCGUGCAUUUUCAAGAGGUGGAUGCAAAAGACAGGGGGGGGGGAAGAGGUCAAAUGGAGGCAAGCAGUCGUGGGAGCGAAGAGAGGGGAGGAGGGGCAACUAGAAGCGGCAGCACUGCAGGAGUAGCAGGUGCUGAAAUUAUGCGAAGGAAGAUUGGCAAGAUGGGACCGGAGACACUGGAACGAGGACAAGGUUCCAUGAUGGCUGGCAGUGUUUCGAUGGAGAACGGAGUUGGGAAUGCCAUGGAGGACGUGAUGGGAAGCGAACUGACUGGCAAGAAGCCAUCCGAAGUGACUCAUGGAUCCCCUGCGAAGAGGAAGCAUGUCAAGGCGGAACAAGUGGACGGCGCUAGUCAAGCCGUGAGAGAAACGAACAAGACGGGGGGUGAAGGGAGGGAGCAGGUGGUUGCCAAGGGGACGACAGGUAAGGGUGGGGUGUGCAGCACGAACUCGGACAGUAAUAGCUGCAGAUCAAGUUCUGAGUCUGAUGAGGAAGCGUUGGGAGGAAAAAAGUUCCCCCUGUUGAAGGAUGGGCAGCACCUAACGUCUCCUGCAACAGCGCAGUGCGUCACGAAGAAUAAGCCAGAGAAAGAGACAGGAACUGAGAAAGGUUGUGGACGUUCUGGAAACUCGAGCAGCAGCAGGAGUGGGAGCGAGGAUUCUGACUUGGAUCAGAAAGGUAGGCGAGGCAAAGUCGCACCGCCAGUGCCAACUCGUGCGUCUCCUUUGGCGCCGUCGCAGCAUGCUACUCAGGGAAUACGAGAGCAUGAGAUGAAAAUGGGGAAAUCUGGGGCUGAGGGAGGUGCCUUGGCAUCGGAAGACAGAGGUGAACCGACAAUGAAGGAAGGAAGACAGAGACAAGAGACGCGUGAUCGACAACAUGCGCUUCACCAGCAUAUGGGCGGAAUUGAGUCCUCUGGGAAAAAGGAAGGAGUCGGCAGAGAGAAUAGUGAAAGUGGGACUGAGGACAGAAGUGAGCUUGAGAGUGGAAGCGGCAGUGGGAGUGGGAGUGAUGAUGGAGGCGUGUCUGUGAAACUCUCCACGGCAGAUCAGAGUCCAGAUGGUCAGAAGCAAGGUGGCGCUUUUUCGGGCAAGAUGACGAAGAGUGUAGCGACAAUUGUACGAACAAUAGCGAAUGAGGGAGGAGGGAAAGAGGAGGUUGCGCCAUCCGCCAAUGCGGAAUUUGGGGGAGGAGAAGCAGACAAGUUACUGCACAAGGGCGAAUUGGAAAAAACAGUGCAACGAGAACCGCUGCAUGCAAAGCGUCAGAAGAAACAAGAAGCACCGCCGAAUCCUAGAGCAGCUCAACAGGAAACAAGCUCCAGCGCCUCCAGCUCCGACAGCGAUUCUGACACUAGCACUAGCUCCAGCUCCUCUACUUCCAGUUCAGACUCAGCUAGCUCUGAUGCAAGUGGAGCAGAGAUGUUGCCUAGCGUUCAAGCACUUCUGGGCGGCCCAAAGUCUGUAACUCAGGCAAAGAUGAGGACGAUCACAGGAGCGAGCCCAGCAACAGCGAAAGCCAAAAGCAAGGUAGCGGUGACUCCUGCAGGAAGGUCAGCAAUUCAUGAUCCAGUCGGUACGACGCCGGCCCGUUCUACUAGAGUACAGGAAUUGCUAAGGUGCAGGAUGGUUAUUGUUCGCCGUGCAGUGGGCAAGCCCUCCGUUAGCGCUGAAGGCAGAAGAGGGGGGGGAUAGUUUUAGUGUGUAUGUGUGUGUGUGCAAGCGGGGGGCGGGGGGGGGGAAGAGAAACGCACGGAGGGCACGUCCAAGAGAACCAAACUAAAGAAGAAAUCCACCGUAUGCCUUGCAAACACUCCGAAGGUAACUGGCUGCUGUAGUUGCAGAACCAGUGCGUCUAUGAAGUGCAAGGCGU